UCAACAAUGGACGCAAGUUUUGAGAACUAGAGGGACCGACCUAAAUAAACGCCGCAAUGUGGAAACUUCCGGUUCAUUUCAAUGAUCUUGGAAAACAUCAACGAGCUUCUUGUAAUGUUUCCGCUAGAUUAAAGCAAUAGUGUUGGUGGAUAAUCAAUGGUUUAUUUCUCCAUCUUCCACCUCAAAAAUCUGCGACUUCUUUCCAGUCCUCUUUCAACACCUUCUCCGUCCUGUCUCCACACACGUUCUCUCUUGCCUUACAAAGACAAACCCAACAACUGGAACAGUACCCACGUCUUCGUCCUCUCCAACCCCUUGCUCACUCUCUUGGAGAAAAAAUGCAAUUCCAUGACCCAGUUGAAGCAAAUUCAGGCACAGAUGAUUGUGACCGGCUUGUUCUUAGAUAGGUUGGCUACGAGUCGAUUGGUCGCUUUUUGCGCAAUCUCAGAAAUGGGUAAUAUUGAUUACUGUAUGACUUUACUUAGAGAUUCCAGAAACAUGAAUACGUUCUCCUGGAAUGUGUCUAUUAGAGGUUACGGUGAGAAAGAUAAAACAAAAGAAGCUGUUUUAUUGUAUAAAAGUAUGUUGAGAAGUAGGUCAAUUCCUGAUAAUUAUACUUACCCUUUGUUGCUUAAAUCUUGUUCUCGUUUGUCAUCAAUUUGUGUUGGGAAUCAGAUCAUUGGACAUGUUUUGAAACAGGGAUUUGAUUCAGAUAUUUUUGUGCAUAAUGCUAUAAUCCAUUUACUGGUGUCAUUUGGAGAGCUGGAUGUUGCAAGGAAGGUGUUUGAUGAAAGCUGUGAGAGAGAUUUAGUUUCUUGGAAUUCUUUGAUUAAUGGGUAUGUUCGUGCUGGAUUAGCACUCGAGGCUUUAGCUCUUUAUAGACAAAUGUUGGAAAAGGGUAUACCUCCGGAUGAGGUGACAAUGAUUGGAGUAGUCUCAUCUUGUGCUCAGUUGGAAGAUAUAGGACUUGGAGCUAAGUGUCGUCGAUACAUUGAUGAAAAUGGUCUGAACCUUACUGUGCCACUUGCUAAUGCACUUAUGGAUAUGUAUGUGAAAUGUGGAAAGGUUGAGCUAGCAAAAGUGUUAUUUAACAAUAUGACCAAUAAAACCAUGGUGUCUUGGACCACUAUGAUUGUUGGGUAUUCCAAAGUUGGCCUUUUAGAGAUCGCCCGUAAGCUGUUUGAUGAAAUGCCGGAGAAAGAUGUUGUACCAUGGAAUGCUAUGAUAAACGGUUACGUCCAAGGACAUAAUUUCAAGGAGGCUUUGUCUUUGUUUCAAGAAAUGCUGUGUUCUGAUGUGAAACCCGAUGAAGUGACGAUGGUUAGUUGUUUGUCCGCUAGCUCACAACUUGGCGCUCUAGAUAUGGGAAUAUGGAUUCAUAACUACAUCAAGAAGCAAAUGCUUUCUCUAAAUGUUGCUUUAGGAACAGCUCUCGUUGAUAUGUACGCUAAAUGUGGGAACAUUCCGAAGGCACUUGAUGUUUUCGAUGAGAUGCUGGUAAGGAACUCGUUGACAUGGACAGUCAUUGUGGACGGUUUAGCCUUACAUGGGAACCCACGUGAAGCCAUAUCGUACUUUUCGAAGAUGAUUGAUAUCGGUUUGAUGCCUGACGAGAUUACAUUUCUUGCGGUACUAAAAGCAUGUUGUCACGGAGGUUUGGUUGAAGAGGGUCGAAAGUUCUUUUCCGAAAUGUCCUCUAUCUUCAAACUUAGCCCUAGGCUUAAACAUUAUUCUUGCAUGGUUGACCUUCUUGGUCGGGCUGGUAUGUUGGAUGAGGCUGAAGAGCUUAUAAAUAGCAUGCCGAUGGAGGCAGAUGCAGUGGUGUGGGGCUCACUAUUUUUUGCUUGUGGAGCUCAUAAAAAUCUUGAUAUGGGAGAAAGGGCAGCCAAGAAGCUGAUUGAGUUGGAUCCCCAUGAUAGUGGGAUUUAUGUCCUUCUUGCUAAUAUGUAUGGAGAAGCUAAAAUGUGGGAGAAGGCAGGGAAAGUGAGGAAAAUGAUGAGGGAAAAAGGAGUAGAGAAAACCCCGGGUUGUAGCUUGAUUGAAGUAAAUGGAUGUGUGUCUGAGUUUAUUGUGCGGGAUAAAUCACACCUUCAAUCAGAGCGGAUCUAUGAUUGCCUUGAUCACUUAACCAAGCAGUUGGAGCUCGUUGACCGUGUGCGUGGAACUUCUCUUAUGGGGCAAGACUAGGACCGGAAGUAUGAAUGAACUAGUCAAUUAGGUUACCUGCUUCCAUUAGUGUGGGACACUACAAUAUCCAUCAUUUAGCAUAGACCCUGAUGUUCUUGCUAGAUCCAAUAAGGUUAGUCGUAGGAUUGGUUGCUCAAAUAUUUGUAUUUUAAGGACGAAAGGGGGUCAUGUAUAAUGGUUGACCGCUUUUACUUGCUUAUAUGUGAUGAUCUGAAUAAAUUGAUGAAAUUGCAUAGAUAUUUGAUGAUACAGCUGAAAGUCUAUUUUAUUU